AUGAUCCCCUCCUCCUCCUCCUCCAACCCCCUUCCCACCCCUCCCAUAAUUGACGACAAAACCCCUCACAUCCUCCCCUUCAUCCUCCACUAUCUAUCUCUCCAUCAAAAAACGCAUCCCACACGUCCCUUCAUCAUCGGUCUCAACGGAAUCCAAGGCGCCGGAAAAACCACCCUCGUGAAUACACUCUACGGAAUUCUUACUCGAGAUCAUAGGCUCGAGACGCUAGUAUUGAGUAUUGAUGAUUUAUAUCUAACACGAGCGGAUCAGGAGAAAUUGGCGAGGGAGAAUGAAGGGAAUAGGCUUGUGCAGUUUAGAGGGGAACCUGGAACCCACGACAUCCCCCUCGCCCGCACCCUCUUCACCUCUCUCCUCCAAUCCCCUCCCACCCCCACCCUCAUCCCCUCCUACGACAAAUCUCUCCACUGUGGACUCGGCGACCGCUCCCCUUCCACCCGCACCGUCAACGACACUUCCCAAAACCAACCUCCCAUCCAAGUAAUCCUCUUCGAAGGCUGGUGCGUCGGGUUCCGCUCUCUCUCUCCAACCAGCAUCUCCCUCCUGCACAAUAACAGUCUCUCUCUCCCCCCAUCCACCCCCAGCACCCUGCGCGAUCAUCCCCUCUCCUCCCUUUUGUUCAUCAACCAAAAAUUAAAAGACUACGACAUCCUAACUGACACCUUCGAUAUCUUCAUCCACAUCGAUGCGCUCGAUACCCAAUACGUGUAUUCCUGGCGACAAGAACAAGAAGCUGCGUUGCGCCGCGAAAAAGGAACCGGUAUGAGCGAUGAACAGGUAAAAAUCUUCGUCGAUGGUUAUUAUCCGGCGUAUGAAUUAUAUCUUGACGGAGUGCGACGGGGGAUAUUCAGAGGCGGGAAACUUGGGGAGGAUUGGGAGGGGAGACAGUUGAGAUUGGUGGUCGGGAGAGAUAGACGAGUGGUGCAGGUGGAAAAGGUUUGA